AUGCUGCCCCUAUUCACGCCGGACCCGGCCCUGACGUCAUUCCGCCUGUGGCCAAUCGCGUCGCCGCCUGGCCAGAAACGCCCAAUCAGGGCCCGGCUGCGCGGCCGCCGCGCUUCGGAAAGGCGGAAGCGGUGGGGCGGGGCCGUGGCGGGCGCCCCCGCGCACUUCGCGGCGCGGCGGCCCCGGGGCCUGCGGAUCCUGGGGGCGGGGCCUGUGAGCGUCCUGGAGCCGGUGCCUAGCAACGCCGGGGCGGGGCCUGUGAGCGUCCUGGAGCCGGUGCCUAGCAACGCCGGGGCGGGGCCUGUGAGCGUCCUGGAGCCGGUGCCUAGCAACGCCGGGGCGGGGCCUGUGAGCGUCCUGGAGCCGGUGCCUAGCAACGCCGGGGCGGAGCCUGUGAGUGUCCUGGAGCCGGUGCCUAGCAACGCCGGGGCGGGGCCGCAGUCCUCCGAAAGGGGCGAGAUGACCAACUCCGGCGAGAGCGCUCUGGAGCACUACCAGGCCAUCUUCCAGGCUGCCUCCCAGACCGUCCAGAAGCCGUGGGUGAUCCCGGUCCCGAAGGGGAACGUGCAGCGGGUCUUCGGGACCAGCCAGGUGUUCCGCGUGUCCAAGGAGACGAGACCAAAGGUGGACUUCUACGCCCUACGAGCCGAGGCCUACAUCCAGCUCUGUGACUUCUCAUCAGCUGCCCAGAACCUUCGAAGGGCCUACUCCGCCCAGCCGGAGAACGCCGUGUACCUGGAGCGGCUCACCUUCGUGCUGUACCUGCAGGGCCAGUGCCUGUAUGAGCAGUGUGAUUUUCUGGACGCCCUGAACAUCUUCUCCCAGGCCUCCGAGCUCCAGCCUGAGAAGCCCUGCUUCCGGUACCGAUGCAUGGCCUGUCUCCUGGCCCUCAAACGCCACCAUGACUGCCUGAACCUCGCCACCAAGGAGGUGCAGCAAGGCACCAGCAACGCCGACGUCUACGUCCUCCGGGCCAGGCUCUACAACUCCUUCCAGAAGCCCAGCCUGUGCUACCGGGACCUGCACAGCGCCUUGCUGUUGAAUCCGAAGCACGUGCAGGCCAAGCUGCUGCUCAAGACGAUGGUGGAGCAGGCCCAGCAGGCCCGCCAGGACGCCGGGAUCCUGGCCGUGCAGGGCAAGCUGCAGCACGCACUGCUGUGCAUCAGCUGUGCCAUCGAGAACAACCCCCUGGACCCCGGCUUCUUCCUCUUCCGGGGCACCAUGUACCGCCGGCUCGGGCAGUUUGAUGCGGCCGUGGAGGACUUCCUGAAGGCGCUGGACAUGGUGCCCAGCAGCCAGGAGGACGUCGUGCGGCAGGCGCAGCGCCAGCUGCUGCUGACCUACAACGACUUCGCGGUGCACUGCUACCUGCAGGGCGCCUACCAGGAGGGCGUGCUGCUGCUGAACAAGGCCCUGAAGGACGAGCAGCAGGAGAAGGGGCUCUACAUCAACCGCGGCGACUGCUUCUUCCAGCUGGGCAACCUGACCUUUGCUGAGGCCGACUACCAGCAGGCGCUGGCGCUGAGCCCCGAGGACGAGGGCGCCAACAUGCGCAUGGGGCUGCUGCAGGAGAAGCUGGGCUUCUGCGAGCAGCGGCGCAGGCAGUUCCAGAAGGCAGAGGACCACUUCUCGGCCGCCAUCCAGCACAACCCGCAGCAGGCCCAGUACUACCUGUACCGGGCCAAGAGCCGGCAGCUCCUGCAGGACGUCUUCGGAGCCCGCCAGGACCUCGCCACCGCCCUGCUCCUCAACCCCAAGCUGCCCAAGCUGGUCCCGAUGAUGACCAACCUCUUCCCGGGCAUGUCGAUCGAGGACGUCCUUGGCAGCCAGAUAGGCCACCUGGCCAAGAUGCAGCUGGAGCGCCUGGUGGAGAGCAGCCAGCAGCCCAGCAGCCUGCAGGGCGUCGUGGGGCUGCUCAGGGUGCGGGAACUGGAGCGGCAGAAGGCCCAGGCCUUGAGCCUCUCCUGGAUACGGGAGCAGUCUUUGGUGGAGACCGCGAAAGAGGCGAAGGCCGCCCCCGAGGACCUGAAGGUGGAGCCCACACGCACAGCGGAAGAGGCCAAGGGCCCCGAAGAGGAGAAGGCGACGGAGGAGAGAGCCGAGCCCACCACCCACAAAGUGCCAUCCAUGUCGGAAAGCUACGUGGGCCAGACCUCCUCCAGCUCCGUCUGGGGCUUCAGCACCGCGUCCACCUCGGAGACGGAGACGCCCACACUCCGCCGGGAGUACCAGAGCAGCUCCAGCACCGCCGUGGCCUCCGCUGAGUCAUCGGUGCUGAAGACCCAGUCCUCCGAGUCGGGCCAGGACCGGAAGGCCCAGAGCCUGAGCCCCAGCCCCGGAGGAACCAAGGCUGGCCAGGACGGGAGCUCCGGCACCGCCAUGGCCACCCAGGGCCAGGGCCGGAGCUCCAGCAAAACCAAGACCACCCAGGGCCAGGGCAGGAGCACCAGCAAAACCAAGACCACCCAGGGCCAGGGCAGGAGCACCAGGAAGGUCAAGGCCACCCAGGGCCAGGGCAGGAGCACCAGGAAGGUCAAGGCCACCCAGGGCCAGAGCGGGAGCGCCAGCAGGACAGAGGCCACCCAGGGCCAGGGCGAGAGCACCAGCAGGACAGAGGCCACCCAGGGCCAGGGCGAGAGCACCAGCAGGACGGAGGCCACCCAGGGCCAGGGCGAGAGCACCCAGCAUCCAAGGCGGAGAUUCAGAAGGGCCAAGGCUGCCCACGGCCGGAGCUGGAGACCCAUCACUGCCGAGGGCCAGGGCCGGGGACUGAUGCGCAGCUCCUGCAAGGCCGAGGCUUUCCAAGACCCCGGCCGGAGCUCCGGCGAGACCCAGGUCACUCGGGGCCAGGGCCGGCAGCCCAGCAGGACGGAGGCGGCCCUGAGCUGGAGUCCAAGCACAAGCUCGAGUUCCAGCAAGGCCAAGGUCACCGACCUCCGCAAAACCAAGACCACCGAGGGCCCCAGCCCACGCGAGGCUGGUCAGGAACCCAGCGUCACGCUGCUCCCCGAAAGGCCCAGUGACGCCCCCGAGGCUCACUGA